AUGACCGGACCUGAGAGAUAUGGGGCGUCGACGGCGACAAUUGCGGGAACACCAUUCUUCUCCCUCUUCUUCUUGCUCUCCCUUUUCUCCUCUGCCUGCGCCCGAUCCGGCGGAGGAUCCGCCUCGGCGCCCGUGAGGUUUUCUCCCUCCGACAGCUACCUCCUCAACUGCGGCGCGCCGAAGAGCACCCAGCUCGACGACGGCCGCGUCUUCCGCUCUGACCCCCAGUCCUCCUCCUUCCUCUCGACCGAUGAAGACGUGAAGGUCGCCGCUGACAACUCGACGGCGAACACUUCGGUGUCCCCGCUGUACCUCACCGCGAGGGUCUUCCCGGCGGAGUCCACCUUCAGCUUCUUCAUCUCCAAGCCCGGCCGCCACUGGGUCCGAUUUCACUUCUACCCGUUCCCCGCUGCGGACUACAACCUCAUGUCGGCGGCCUUCACUGUCAGCACCGACGAUAUCGUCCUCCUCCACGAAUUCAGCCCGCCAGCCCCGCCUUCCCCGUUCCUCAAGGAGUACCUCAUUCCCAUCGACCGCGACAGGGUGUCGCUCGUCUUCUCCCCCAGGAAGGGCCGUAUCGCGUUCAUCAACGCCAUUGAGGUCGUGUCUGCGCCCGAUAACCUCAUCGUCGACGCGGCCACAGGCAUCAAUCCCCAGGGUCAAUUCACCGGCGUCUCCAAGUAUUCUCUUGAGGUCAUGCACCGGGUGAACGUUGGGGGCCCGGUGAUCGGAUCAUCGAACGAUACGCUGUCGCGGACGUGGCAAACCGAUGCCGAGUUCUUGAAGGUGGCGGCGGCGGCCCAGAACGUCUCCGUGCCGACCCGCACCGUCAAGUACCCCGACGACGGAUCGGUCACGCCGCUGAUCGCACCCAGCGCGGUCUACACGAGCGCCAGAGAGAUGGCCGAUUCGAACACCGUCGAUCAAAACUUCAACUUAACGUGGCAGUUCGGCGCCGACUCGGCCUUCUCGUACCUCAUCCGCAUGCACUUCUGCGACAUAGUCAGCAAGAGCCUCAAUGAGCUCUACUUCAACGUCUUUCUAAAUGGUCUGACGGGGGUCUCCAGCCUCGACCUCUCGACGGCGACCGCAGCCCUCGCGGUGCCCUACUACAAGGAUUUCGUGAUCAACGGCACCACCAUCAUCAACGAGACCAUCACGGUGCAGGUCGGCCCGACGGCUGAUUCAGGAACCGGGUCUUCCAACGCCAUCCUCAACGGCAUUGAGGUCAUGAAGAUGAGCAACUCGGCGGGCAGCCUCGACGGGCAGUUCGCCGUCGAUGGAUCGUACCAUGGCGGCUCAGCCUCGGGGAGCCUCGCGAGGAGGAUUGUCUCGGGCGUGGGGCUCGCACUGGGAGCGAUGGCGAUGGCCCUGGUGGCAGUGAUGUUCUUCCGGUGGAGGCGGCGGCCGGCGGACUGGGAGAAGACCAACAGCUUCUCGUCGUGGCUCCUCCCCCUCCACAUGAGCCACUCGACCUUCAUGAGUAGCAACAGCAGCUACAGAGGCAGCUCCCGAAACCGCUAUGGAUCCCACAAGAGCAAGAGCGGCUACUCGAGCUUCUUCGCGUCCGGCGCCAUAGGCCUGGGCAAGAUCUAUUCCCUGGCCGAGAUGCAAGAGGCGACCAACAACUUCGACGAGAAGGAGGUGAUCGGCGUCGGGGGGUUCGGGAAGGUCUACAUCGGCGCGCUGGAGGGCGGAACCAAACUGGCCAUCAAGCGAGGGAACCCGUCGUCGGAGCAGGGGAUCAACGAGUUCCAGACGGAGAUCCAGAUGCUGUCGAAACUCCGCCAUCGCCACCUCGUCUCCCUCAUCGGCUGCUGCGAUGAGAACAACGAGAUGAUCCUGGUGUACGAGUACAUGGCCAAGGGACCCUUGAGGGACCACCUCUACGGCGGCACAUGCCACACCCCGCUCUCGUGGAAGCAGCGGCUCGAGGUGUGCAUCGGCGCCGCUCGAGGCCUGCACUACCUCCACACUGGCGCGUCGGAGGGCAUCAUCCACAGGGACGUCAAGACCACCAACAUCCUGCUCGACGACAACCUCGUCGCCAAGGUCGCCGACUUCGGCCUCUCCAAGGCGGCCCCCUCCCUGGAGCAAACGCACGUGAGCACCGCGGUGAAGGGCAGCUUCGGGUACCUCGACCCGGAGUACUUCCGGCGGCAGCAGCUGACGGAGAAGUCGGACGUGUACUCCUUCGGGGUGGUGCUGUUCGAGGUGCUCUGCGCGAGGCCCGCUCUCAACCCGGCCCUGCCGAGGGAGCAAGUGAACCUAGCGGAGUGGGCGAUGCAGUGGCACCGCAAGGGCCAGCUGGAGAAGAUCAUCGACCCUCACCUGGUGGGAACCAUCAGUUCCGCCUCGCUGAAGAAGUACGUGGAGGCGGCGGAGAAGUGCUUGGCGGAGCACGGAGUGGACCGGCCGUCCAUGGGAGACGUCCUGUGGAACCUGGAGUAUGCCCUGCAGCUCCAGGAGGCUUCCAUGGGGCAGCCCAGCGACGACCCCGCCGAAAAGAGCGCCGCGAACAUUCCCCUGGAAAGCCCGGCCCGCAACGGCGACGACGUAUACGCCUUGACCGAUGACGACUCCACGCUGAUGGCAAAUCCACUGUGCCAAGGGAGGUGA